GAGGAAGAGAAUAGCAGCAGGAGACAAUGGAGUGCUCCGGAGUCCUCCACCUAAUCGUACUGGGAUUACUAUUCGCUGGCCUUCCGACGCUCUCCUACGGAAGAGAAUCGUCGUCGACGUGCUUGACGCUGUACGAACAUGGUGGCGCUCCGGCGGUUUUUGAAUCCCCAGAAUGCCGUCAAUUGAAGCAUUCCGACGACUCCCAACGCACGUCGCUUUGUCAAAUGGCCAUGCUUCAAGGUCGAAGAAAGUACUUGGAGGAUCGCACUCUCUGCGCUCUCGACGUUCGCAUUCUCUUUCCUGGUAGAGUAGGGAUUAUGGAGGAGGUUAGAGUUGGAGUUGCUGCUGUUUUUGAUGGUCAUAAUGGUGCUGAAGCUAGUGAUAUGGCUUCCAAGCUUUUCUUGGAGUACUUCGUUUUGCAUACCUACUUUCUCCUCGAUGCAUCGCUUUCCGCUGAGUCAUCUGAAACACCAACAUUGCAAAAUUGGCAUGGCUUACUCGAUCGGGGCCAAUUGGAUAUUGCAAGGUUUAAGCAUUCGUUGCAAGCAAACCUUGACCAUUCUUUUCGUUUCGACAUCUUGAAAGAAGCACUGUUGAGGGCAGUUCACGAUAUUGAUGCAAAGUUUUCUAAGGCUGCAUUUAUGGAGAAUCUAAAUUCCGGUUCUACUGCCACAAUUAUACUACUUUUGGAUGGUCAAAUCUUAGUUGCCAAUAUUGGAGACUCAAAGGCCUUUUUGUGCUCGGAAAAAUUUCAAACUCCUGCAGAGGCUAAAGCUGCGUAUUUAAGAUUGUACAUGGAGGAAAGGCGUAAUGGUGUUGUCUCACAUCGAUGGCGCAAUAAAAACUUUGAAUUAGCUCCCACGGAUGAGUUGACGCAUUUAUCUGUUAAGGAAUUGACAAGAGAUCAUCAUCCGGACAGAGACGAUGAAAAACGUAGGGUGGAAAGUGCUGGUGGAAAUGUUUUUGAAUGGGCUGGUGUGCCUCGAGUAAAUGGUCAGCUGGCUGUUACCCGAUCUAUUGGCGACAUCUCCUUUAAAAGUUUUGGCGUUGUAUCAGAACCGGAGUUGACAGAUUGGCAACCCCUGACUGUAAAUGAUACAUAUCUCGUGGCUACAUCUGACGGAGUUUUUGAGAAGCAGAGCUUGCAGGAUGUUUGCGAUCUGUUGUGGGAAGCACGAAGUCAUCAUCCUACGAAAUUGGAGCUCUCUUCGGCAGGUUCAUACUCAUUAGCUGACCGUAUUGUAAGUACUGCAUUUGAAAGGGGCAGUAUCGAUAAUAUGGCAGCUGUUGUAGUUCCAUUGGCAUCUUCUGGUUUAUCUCAACCGGAGCCAUUGCUACGUGUUUUCUCAUUUGCAGCUAACAACUCCUCUUUAGUUCGUAUAGGGUAGAUCAGUUAUAUGUUUUGCAUUCUUUCGCAGCU